GAAUUAUUGAAACGCACAUGUAUGGCUCAGCUGACGUUUGACACUUACUUCCUCUUGACAGUAAUCACAAUUAAUGUGUGAAUAAUGUCUAGUGUCCACCUUGGUGAUGAUUAAUAAUUGCAGUUAAUUUAUAAUGCUAAAUUAGUGAGAAGUGAUAUUAAUAAUGGCAACGGCCAACGACGAUGAAAUUCUUGAGGGCUUCUUGUGUCCCAUAUGUAAAGCAGAUCUCAAAUCCGCCUCACAACUAACGAAUCAUUUCGAAAGUCUUCAUCAAGAAGAUCAAGAUGUUUUGAAAUCAUUAAAAGACAUUUUUGGUAAAGCAAAGACAAUAAUACUGAAUAAUGACAAUGCUGAUUUGAAAGAGACAUUCGCGCGUGCUUUGAAGUUUAAUUACCAAGAUUAUUAUGAUGAAGAGCAGGUGAUCGGAGUAUCACGUAGUUCAACCGAUUACUUUAAGGGUGUGAGGUUUUCCAGGCUUGAAAGAUACGCUACGGAGACUAAUAAGCUGUUGAUUCGGUUGGAUAAACUCAUUUGUAACAUGCCAAGUGAUCCUCAUCAAAGAAAAAUUCAUGAGCAAGAUGCUGUGCCAUGGUUAGAUGGUUCAUCAGUUAAUCUGUGUCCCAACUGUGCGAAACCCUUUCACUUGACACGCAGACAACAUCAUUGUCGACUAUGUGGCUCCAUACUAUGUCAUGACUGCUCUGUUUUUCUAGAUAUUGAAGUAGCUAAAACUAUUAUAAAUCCAUCAGCUCCAAAACCAGUAUCAAAUCCAGAACUAAAGCUAACAGAGAAGAAUGGAUUACGUCUCUGUGAACAUUGCUACAAUUUGAUCAAACUGCGGAAACAAGUGCAAGAAACAAGAAACACAAAGACUGAACUCGUAACGGCCUAUGAAGAGAUGAGGAGCCUUAUGGAGCAAGCCAAACCAGCUGUUGCUAUGUAUGAAAAGAUGUGUCAAAGUCUCUUUGAUGGUGAAACAACCUACAAUAUGUCUGAUGUGAAUGCAAUGCGAGGUCGUAUAGGGAAGUUGGCUGAAGGUAUAGACUUGCUGAGUAAGCAGAUAGUCAGCUUCCCGGCAGAGCCUGGCACAAGGCAAGCCAGGCUACAGAACGCUAUAAGGCAAGCUGCAGGACAUUAUAUUAAGGAAGACUUACUGUCCUUAAGGAAGCUCCCGACCGAAGCUCAGAUCGAGGAGGUGCGUCGCCAGCGCUACGAACGUGCCGAGAAACAAAUACAAAUGGAACGGGAGCGCAUGGAGCGCGAGCGGCAGCGGCGGGAGGGCGCGCCCGGCGCCGCCCCGCCCCCCGCCUCGACCCCCGCCGGCGCCCAGCACGAUGACGACGACGACAACCCGCUGCUAGAGCAGAUGAAUAUCAUCAGGGGGUAUAUAAAAGAGGCGAGACAGGAACUGAGAUUUGAAGAGGUGGCGAUUUUAGAAGCAAACCUAAAGGAAUUGAAGAAGGAAUACAAAUUACAGAAGCUCUCGAGCAGAUCCUAGUCAUUCCAGAUAUAACUAUAUCUAGUAUAUUGUUACAUUUAUAUUGUAUAGCGUUUAAUGAUAACUUAUUUAGCCCUUAAAACAUUAUUAUUUAAUUCUAGGCUUCGAUCACUAUUUAUAAAUAUUAUACUGUGCAUAAAAAAAUUAUGAUUCU